AUGGCUUUCCCUCGGGUGGCGCCUUUGAGCAAGGUCGCUUUUUUCUGCUUCGUUGUAGUAGACGUUCUUCUGGGAAAUUUGACGUGCGAUGCCAGCUCUCCCUACCAGGGUACCACUCGUAGCGGGAGUGCGGUAAAUGCACAGUUCACCAUCUCGAUCCCACAGGUCGGCAUCGCUGAAGAUGAGCGGCACGAGGUGUUUCUCGGAGGGAGCAAGGUGCUGCAGAUCAUCGAUAAAACAAAAAACGCCGUUCCCUACCCAGAUUCCUUCGCUAAAGAAGCCUUUACCUACACAGCUGACGGCAAAACAUGUGAUGUGACAAGAAAGGUGCCGUACAGUACCCUGUUCCCAGGAGUUCCAGCAGGCUACACUUACUGGUCUUCUGAACUGGCGCGUGCCCGAACUGUUCUGGAUUCAACAUACACAUAUACAAGCCCAUCUGCGGACCAGCUGGAGAACAGCGCUUCAUUUUGCAUCAUCUUCAAGGUACCAGAAGGAAGCGGCACGAGCGUGCGAACUCUUACAGGACUUGCCUCGUUCAAUAAACAACUGCAAAGUCGCAAGAUGAACGCGCUGGACACCGAAGGGAAGGGCCGUUCGGGUGUUUCGUCGCUGCUAAGGACAGGAAGUCCUAGCAUUGGCAGCCAAAGAAAUCUUCAGCCGAUAGGCCCAAACAGUAAAACCCUCGCUACGGAGAGCGAGACAGAAGAGUCACUGAGGACCAUCACUGUCAUCGUCCACUCAGGAGCGACUGCCGGGGCCGGUCUCAGAGGAACCAUGCUGGCAGUCCUCGGAGCCGCAUGGCUCUUCCAUUAA